AUGGGCGCCUUCGAUAAUCUGUUGUUGACCCUCGACGAGGGCAUCUCGGAUUUCUUUGCACAAUGGAACAUCUACAGCACCAUCAUUGUCACUGCCUUCAUCGGCUUCAUUACCUACCAGCUCUCUACACGAACGGACCCCGAUACCCAUCCCAUGCUCCUUGUCCGACAGGCUCAAGGCUCCCCCGUUCGACAGCCUGGUCAGUCUCCCGUAUACCGCGCCCAGUCUGCCCCUCAUGGUAUGCCUCUUCAGACCGGUCUGAACGUCAAGGAUCCCGGUGCCUCGCGCUGGGCAAGAGGGCGCGAUGGUGAUCUCCGCGAUAUCUGGAGGCAAGCUGUGGCCGGUGUCCAGGAGGACGGCCCGAACAAGGGCGCCAAGGGCAAGAUCCUCAGCGUUUUAGCACUCGAGCAGGGCGGCAGCCGUGUGGCCAUCUACAUUCCCAACUCGGUCGAGCUACUUGCGGCCCUCUUUGCCUGCGCCUUUUACAACCUCACGGCCGUCGUUCUUCCCUUCGAUCAACCGGAAGAAGAUGUUAUCUCAGUGUUGCGCCGGUCUGGUGCUGACACUGUCAUCACUGCCCCCGGCUGUUUCCCUUUCGACCUCGUUGCUAAGCACUACCCGUCUCUCCGUCAGCUGAUUUGGAUCGUCGAAGAAGGCAGCAGGCACAUGGACUGGAAUGAAGUUCCCGAGGGCACCGGCAGUAGCGUCAAUGUUUCCACCUGGCAUGAGAUCAUCGGCGACAGCCCCGCCGCCGCUGGCCGUGAGCUUCCCCCGCUUGAAGGCCAAAAGGAGCCCAGCGAUGUCAUCCUCUUCUGGCAGUACAAGUCUGGCAUUCCCUCGGAAAUGGUUACCUUCACAGCCGGUAACUUCGCCUCAGCCAUCGCUUCCCAGCUCUUCGCCAUCCCGACCUCCCAGAAAAUGGGGCCAUCCGAUCUCUUCCUCCCCGCCGACUCUCUCGCCAACAGCCACACCCUCGUCCUGACCCUGGCCGCGCUUUUCUCCAACGCCUCUGUCGCCCUGAACUCUGUCGGAACCCAAGCCUAUGACCUCGCCGCCGCGACCCGCGGCAUUUCGCCCACCAUCCUCGUCGCCACGCCCGCAGCUCUUGUCAAGACGCACCAGGAGACCGCCACCAACUUCUCGCUCAUCGCCCGCAAUCUCCACUGGCUGCAGACCCGCCACCUGACCCAGUACGGCGUCAUGCCCACCGCCUCGCUCCUCUCGUCUUACUACGACAGCCUUCGCCCUUCUAUUGGCACCAAGCCCGGCAAGCUUCGCUUGAUCCUGACCGCUGAGCGCGUGCUGUCGGAUCUCAGGGCUUACACUGGUGCACGCAUCAUCUAUGCGCUGACGGCUGCCAAGGUGGCGGGCGCGGUGGCACAGACGCUGUUCUAUGAUUACCGAGUGUUUGAGGAUAAGUGCUCGCACUUUGGACCGCCAUUGAGCAGCACCGAGGUGUUUUUCAAGGAUAUGGGAGAGUAUAAGACUACCGAUGGCGUCAGUAGGGGAGAGAUUGUUGUUAAGGGACCUUCUGUCUCUGGCGGCGAGACAGCGCUGGGCGUGGCUGGUUAUAUGAGGGAUGAUAACACAUUGGCGUAUGCGUAA